CGAGACUAGUUACUUGGACGAUGUCGUCGGGGGCGACAUGAGCCUCGGGUAUGGAGGCUUGGGAGCAACUCCUUUUUCUGGGAAUGGUGAUCGGUGCAUGGCUGGUGGGGAGAAGUGAGGAGAUAAUCGUGGAGCGAGUGUUCGUAGCAGGACAAAGGCUUGUGACGAGAUCUCCAGAGCUUGUUGCGGUUACCGGGUGGUUGCUGACUAGAGUAUUGGCAUAUGGUGGAAGAGCGGUUUGGUUGGGUCUUGGAUGUGGAGCGGCUGUUAUAGAGGAGGGAGUGAUUGCUCGUGCAGGCUGGAAAGUGGGAGAGUCGUGGCAGGAGCUGGUCUUGAAAACAGGGGAUGGAUGGGUGGUAACGGUUGCAGGGGCGUCGACAAGGUUGAAAGAGGUGGUGAUCAUCGACGAUCGAGAGUAUGAGGCCAACUUUGAAGCAUGGAAGAGCCGCGUUGAGCUACAAUGGGACCGUCUUAUGGACCGAAAAGAUCAUCCAUGGGUCAGGUUUUUACACCCCUCACCAAUGGUGCGCCCGCUUCUGCGGGUGGCGGCGGAUGGCACCUUCGGGAAAGUGAUAAAUGGGGAAGGGGUGCAGAUCAUAGAUGCGACAGGAAGGGAGGAGAUCCGCUUUGACCUACAGCCACCUUUGAGGCACAUUGGUCUGCAACGCCUGACGUUGAAUUUGAACUGCCACGGCCGCCCGCAGGUAAGAUAUCUCACUAGCGAGACCCCAUGGUGUGAGUAUUGUCACCGCCACGAUCAUCUGGUCGGGGUGGUGGGGUGCUUAUCUCUGGAAGGGACAAAGAGGGAGCUUGUCCGACGGGAGGCGAAACUGAUGGAUGACCCGGGUAGGCCACGGGAUGUUGGUGCUGAAGUGGAAGGAUGGGCGUGCUUUGAGCAAAGAUUCGACAAAGUCAUUAGUGCGGAACUGCUGCUUGAGGAAAGUCUAGGGGAGGUGAUGGCCUCACCCGCGGAGGACCGACAGAGGGAACAAAAGGAGAGUGUCGGGAGUGAGGGUGCAGAGGGGAUUGCCGAGGCUAAUAUAACGAAGGGACUGGUACAGGAGGUGCGAAGAGAAACGGGGGAGAAAGGAGGGGAAGGAAGUGGAGAAAAGAAUGGAAGCCAACACCGGCACCAGAACACAGAUGCAGAAGGGGAUGCCCCCAUGAAUGAAAGACAGGAACAGGCACGGGAAGAGAGGACAGAAGACCAGGGGGAGGGCCAGGGAGGCGACAUCGGGAGUGAGGGCGACGAGAGAAGGACCGGCGGACAAGGCCGGCGUGAAAACCAGAAGGACACCUUGGGAGAGGACCGAGGCGGUGUGCCGGGAGCCGUGGAACGGGGAUCGCCUGUUGUGGAGUGCACUCAGUUGGGGCUGCAGGACCUGAUGCAUGAAGUGACGGGAAAGGACCGAGGCGGUGUGCCGGGAGCCAUGGAACGGGGAUCGCCUGUUGUGGAGUGCGCUCAGUUGGGGCUGCAGGACCCCAUGCAGGAAGGAGUGGUGACUCAAUUGGCCGCCGUUGCUAUGCCGCCGCCAACGACGGGGUUGCAGGACCCGAGGCAGGGAGUGUCGAGUCCAACACCGACACUUAGCGACCUGCCAACUGCUGACAGCGCCGAGUGGCGCCUGACUAUCGAGCAGGAUCCUAUGCGAGGAGUGCUGGUUAAAACAGUGGAGAUGGAUCAAUACUCGGGUGUGGAACGCUCGCCGAGGACUAAGGAGCCUAUUGACAUUGGUCGGGAAAUGCCACAGGCUUCUGAGACAGAGAAAUUGCUCCAUAUGGCGAGCACAACUAGAUUGUCGCCAGACAUGAACGGACAUGCACAAGAUAGGGUGGAAUAUACGAGGAUGAGGGCUGGGCAGCAAGCGGCCGGAGAUACGGCACAGGAAAAGGCGUUGAGCGAGCCCAAUGAGGUGCGGGUGCUGGGACCAGGAGGGCCCGGUGCCGACGGGUCGAAGGCGUUCAUGAAGGAAGUUGAUACGGUAGGGAUUGUCACCGCGGGGAGCAAGGACGGAGCCAACCAAGAAGAAGACAGUGAGGGCCGGCGGGGACUGUUGGCAUGGAUUGAAGAUAUGAACAGAUGCCCCAUGACGCGCUCGACGUGGACCUCAGAUGUGGAUGAACAAUGGGAUGCUCUAUGGCGCGCCACGCACCCGCCUGAAGAAUCAUGGGGAGGGUCGGCAUCAUGGUCUAUUGAAAGCAGGCAUCCUCAAUGUCGAAUUGGGUUGGGGUUUCGAGGAUUCUGCGCUGCUACACUCGCAAUGACGUUCCCUCAAGCUCAGCCAUCUGGCCAAAACAAAAUGGGCAACCAAGAAGGGGGGCUAUGCGCUGCGGCACUUACAAUGACACUUCCUUUAAUCAAGCCAGCAAUUGAGCUACGGACCGCUUCGACUCGCAUAUGCGACGAGCCGCUGGCUGGAAGGGGAAGCGGCAAUGGACCGAACGGAGGCCAGGCCAGAAAUCAGGCCGGUGGAAGGGGGAUGGUCGAAGCACAAGAAGAAGUGGAUGGCGGGGGAUGGGAUGUGAAUGUUGGGAAACGAGGGGACAUGAAUGCUGGAAAACAGGGGGCGCUGGGAAAGCGACCUCGAGCUCGACGCAAAACAAGGUCCCGCGGAGAGGAACAGGCGAAGUAUGAGCGGAAUGACAAAGGGAAGCAACCAAUGAUCGAGACAUCCUCAAGUGACGAGGAUAGCCCCCCACACAAGAAAACGGCGAGAGCGGAAAGAAGAGGAUUGCUGCAGAAGGAGGUGCGAUUAACUCCUCAGGUGCCGCUGUCGAUACUGGGAGCCCUGCCCCGAGGAGGACCGGCCGAACAAGUACAGUCCAGUCGGCACACUGCAAUCGCCAGCUGUGGGGAGGUGGAAAGGCGACAGGGGAACUUGUCACCACCAUUGCCUCAACCGUUGCCUAUAGGGAGACGUCUUCGCCCGAUUUCCCCAGUACUCCCAAGGAGAGGGAUCCGGCUGAACUCACCUGCCCCGGGUGGCAGGGGGGAUAGUGAGAACAGAGAAGAAGAGCCGGGGCGACAAACAGAAGGCCGCAACAUCGACUCGCGGGAGCAGGCGCGGACCUACAGCCAAAAGAGGAUAGUCUUUCUAGACGGGGCCUUUGACGAUCUUCGGCGUAAAGACAAACUCCGAUUGGUGCCAAUCAUCUUCAAACAAAGCACAACCAGCCUGGACAUAUUGGUGAGCAUGGAGGGCCCGGUGGGAUCCGAAGUUCGGCUGGCCAUGGCAUCGUUCGAAGAGCACCCGUCUCAACAGCGCGUGUUAACAGCGGCGAAAGAAUGGGUGGGAGAAAACUUUGAUGUCGCACCAAUUCCGGGAAUUUCAGCUAUCCGCCUGGUCGAAAAAACGGAGGACGACACACUGAUGGGCCUGUAUUGCUUCUUGCUACGUGCCGACUUUCGCUUUGAAUCGGCUCUCCCGGCACACUCACCGCCGUUCAUAUGGAGCGACUUCAAACUGUUAUUUGAGCAAACUCGGCUCGCGGCUGGACGAGUUUCAGCAAACACAGUGGCCAUCUACGAGACAAAACUACGUGAAAAGGAUUUACGAAAUGGGAGAAGGCCAGAAUUGGGCACAGGGUUCCAGACAUGGGCACCGGCUGAGGGAACAAGGGGGGGGGUCGCAGUCAUAAUGACCAAGUAUUUUCAGGGUAGAGUGCCGGACUUUUUCACAGAUUCGCAGGGUCUGGACUCGCCGUUUCCAGGGGUUACAAGACCAGACUCGGAAACUCUGCAAACGAUGAUGGCAGAACCCAUGAUGGAGGCUGCAUUCCGCCGUAUGUGGCCAGCUGAGAAAGGAUAUACAUGGAUUGGAUCUGGCCCAACCAGAAGGAGUCGCCUGGACAUGGCAUGGAUGCAGGAGGGGUUGCUUGAACGACUGGUGACUAUAUCAAUACUCCCGGUCGCCUCGUCGGAUCAUAAAAUGCUCAUAACGGAAGUGUUAGUGUCGCAGGGGGUGGACACAAGACCGGCGCCGUCCUCCGUCCCGCAUUGGAUGUUCAAGGACCCGCUUCAUGUUCGUCUGGCAUGUCAACAUUGGGAAUACUGGGACACUCUGCGACGCCCGUCAACCUCGCCGGUGGUGCAUUUGCAGCUUGGCUUAGCCGAGCUCUAUCGAAUUAUGCUGGCCAGAGCCAGGGCUACCAAACAGGCACACCUCAAGAUCGGGGAGGAGUUUGUGAGGCACAUGGAGGAGCUAGGAACGGACCCGCCCGUGGACGAUGCGGAUGACUGGUGGACAUAAUGGAUGGAGAAAGCGGAGAGAAUGUCUGCGGUCUUUUUUGCGGUGACCCGGAAACAGAGGACUGCCGCUGUGAUGACAACAUUGGAUCACCCCUUCGACCAGUCCCUCCCGCAAGCCACUACGACGCCCCAGAUACUGAACCAUGCUCAUCAGUUCUACUCCUGGCUUUAUCAGGAAACGGAGGAGUGGGAACCACAGGCCAUGGCGGACACCCCGCGCCCGGCGGUUUGGUUCUGCUGUCAGACAAGCCUCGAGGACCAUCAAACGCACGAUCUGGAAGCAGACAUUACGCCAACUGAGAUCUCGAGGGCACUGGCGGACUUACCGAAAAACAAAGCCUCGGGCCCGGAUGGGGUCCCAAUGGACCACUUCCAUGCGGUUGGGGAGACAAUCAUGUCACUGCUCUGCGAUGUUCUUAAUGUCUUGUUCACAAAUGGGGCUCGGAUGUCGCCGAACUUUGGAGAGGUCGUUCUGGUGUUGCUGCAUAAAAAAGGGAGCCCGUGGGAGAUACGAAAUUGGAGGCCUAUUUCGCUGUUGUCGGCACCGUAUAAACUGUAUGCUAAAGUCUUAGCCAACCGCUUGGCAAGUGUGUUACCGACACUGAUAGACUCGACACAGACGGGCUUCGUCCCGGGGCGGCUAAUAUUGACAAAUGUCAUAACAGUCCGGGACAUUCUUGACAGAGCUGCCGAAGUGAUACCGCCCAUUGCUGUCCUUCUUCUGGACUUCGAGAAGGCAUAUGACCGAGUGAGAUGGCGAUUUCUGCAACAAGGGCUGGCGGAGAGGGGAAUGGGCCCUAGAUUUCGGGAUGCGGUGGCCUGCUUGCUAUCCUCGGCGGUGGCGUGGCUGCAGAUCAACGGCUUCCGCACGGAGCUGGUGCAGGUGUCUCGGUCGGUUAGACAGGGAUGCCCCCUGUCCCCUGCACUGUAUGUGCUAUUUGUGGAACAUCUUCACGAGAUGAUCAGGAUGGACGAGCGGAUCAGAGGAUUCCCUAUGCCAGGGGGGCGGCAAAUCAAAUCGAAUAGUUUCGCAGAUGACACAGCGGCAAUAACAGAAUGCUCGCAGGAGAGUGUGACCGCUCUGCGCAAACAAGUGGACAACUUUGAGCGGUAUGCAGGGGCAAAAAUCAACUGGGACAAGUCCGCGGUGAUCCUCCCUGUGGGGGCAGACCCGGCGCUGUUCGAACAUAUGAGAAUACAACCAGGGGACCAGAAUACUCUGUACUUGGGAAUAUUGCUGCCAGCGGCGCUCUCGUCUGGGGAGCAAAUGCACAACUUGCUGGCGGCGGCACUCAGAAGAAUGCAUAGCUGGGCCAAAGGUGUGGACUUGGGGGUGUUUGGGAAAACACUGGUGGCUAACAACGCUGUGAUGCGCUCGGUCAUAUGGUUGCUGAUGGAACGGGAUGAGGCGCCAUGGAAGAUCCUGACAUUGGCAAGCAUGGCUCAGACCCUCAGGAUGGACCCGGCGGACAUGGAGAUUGCCCUCCUGAAUCCGUCCUUGCAGAUGGGCCUCAUGCAAGGGGCACUGUGGACUCCGACCCUGUCGAAAUGGAGGAAGAUGGAUCUCAGGCAACUGCCGCCAGUCACAGUGGAGCACAUUCUUGGCCAAACUAUAUUUGGUAACCGUCAGAUCCUUUGCGACGGCCAACCUUUCCCCUGGUGUGGUGCUCCUGCUGCAUUCGGAAGACAAUGGCUCGAUUGUGGAGCCUACAGGGUGGCGGACCUAUGGGAUCGGGAAAAGAAAACAUGGAAGACCCGAGAGGAAAUGAUGCAGGUCCUGUGGAACCAACCUCACAAGCAAGAACGGCUGCAGCAGAUCCAAGAUACCAUUCCACAGGAGUGGGUGCAGAGGAUGCAGGCUGAUGAAAGGGUGAGGGGGGAGUGGGUGGCUCUGGAAGCGGAAGAGGCGCCCAAAGUACUGUUCAGAAUGGUGGCAAGGGUGACCGAUCACUGGUUCCAGGUGGAAGGAUGGGAGGUUGCGCCCUCGAAAGGGCCGCAACUACAGCGCCUCCACUGGGACUUGGACUUGUUUUCACAGUACUCAGGGGCACGGGUGAACUGGCGGAAGUCGAAGGCUAUAUUCCCACAAGGAUGGGUAGCCCCAGACGGAUGGGAUGUACCCACCUUGGAUGACGGUGAAAACAUGUGUUUUUUGGGGGCCAUGAUCCAUCCGGUGGGUGGGGGUGCUCAGCCGAUGGAAGGCUUGGCAGCGGCAGCGAUUUUGAGGUUGGGGCGAUGGGCGAAAAGGACACACUUGGGAGUGUUUGGUAAGGCCCUUGUCCUUAAAAAUUCGGUGCUAGCAACGAUGUGGUACGCUGGUGCCAUUCAUAUGCCGAAGAGGCGGGUCUUUCGACAGCUGCGGACAACUGUCCAUCGAUAUCUGUGGGCAGGACAUGUGGAAGCGAUAUCGGUAAUCCCCAGGGUGGCCUGGCCGAAACUCAUCCAGCCCAGGAGUCAGGGGGGGCUGGGGAUCUUGGAUCCAGAACUGCAGAUGAUGGCGCUACAGCUGCGCAACUUGCUGUGGACUCUGCUGGGGACGGCGGGAGCAGCGUGGGAGAGCCUCACGAUUCAGCACCUGGCCCUUGCCCUUGGCAUGACGGAGCAGAUGGUUCCAGUGGCGCUGGCUAGCCCGGGGCUCAUUGGCCAUGUCAAGAGGGACCAUGUCUGGUCGGCUGUAUUGGUGUUUUGGAAAAAGAUCCAGCUGCAGCAGGAACUCCCGGUCACAGCGGAUGACGUCUACAACCAGCUCCUCUUCGACAAUCCCUGCAUUUGUGAUGACGAGGGUGAUCCAUUUCCAUGGCACGGGAAGGUGGGGGCUUUUGGGAAGCACUGGGCGGAGUGUGGGGUGUUCAAGAUCGGACACCUGUGGGAUGAGGGGGCAAGGGACUGGAGGAAUGAGGAUGUAAUGGCGACGCGGCUUCCCCGUAAGUUCCGGAGGCGGCAGAACUUGGAGGCCCUCCGGAGGGCUAUCCCCACGCAAUGGGUGGAUAUUCUGAGGGAGGACUGCAGGUUGGUGGGAGAAUGGGUGAGAAGUAAGGGAGAGAUGCACCCCCAGCAGGUACAGGGGGAGGAGGUGGUGACGCGUGAAUGGGAAGUGGUGACUGGCUAUGAGGGUCUGGGAGCCCCAAUGAGAGUUGGACCAGGUGGAGGGAAGAGGUGGAGGAUCGAUGAGAUCGAGACGGUGGCGGUGUGCGAAGAGGAGAAAAAGGAGGCGGGACUGGGAAGCCCCCGACCAUUUCGGAAGCAGGCUGGGCUGCUGUGGCUUAUCUACCACCUGGCAGUCCCUACUGCGCAGUGGCAGGCCAACAAGAGCAACUAUCGAGAUGAGCGCUGUGCAGCGGGAUGUGGCCAGGUGGAAACUAUUCCUCACCUCUUAGUCACUUGCCUGGUCAUUCAACAGUUCUGGAGGUGGUGGGCGGCCGAAGUGGGAAAGAGCUCCCCCUUCUGUGUUACGGAGGACGAUGCGGCACAUAUCCUGUUGGGUGCCCUGAUUAUGGUGGAAAGGAAGGACAAGGGGGAGCUAUACGCCUCGGAGGUGAUACGUGCGGCUCUUCUGUGGGCCAUUUGGACCCUCAGGAAUGAACGAUGCAGACAGGGCAGGGAGGUCACUCUUGAAACUUUACAGGCACAGGUCCUCUGGAGUCAGAGGACGGCCAUGUCCACAGAGGCUUUGCGGAGUAGGAGAGCCCAAGAUCAUGGCCUGACGAAGUUUUGGGCGGUCUGGGGCAACUACCCAGGCCUGGUACAGCAGGACGGGAACCUUGGCCUGUGGAAAUAUGGCCCUGCCUUGUGCAGUCACGGACUCGCCUAGGACCAGGGCCCGGGUAACCUUCUUAAGGUUCAUCGUGACGGGGAUAGAUUGUUGUAAUUAUCGAUCUUGAACGAGGAAUGCCUAGUAAGCGCAAGUCAUCAGCUCGCGCUGAUUACGUCCCUGCCCUUUGUACACACCACCCGUCGCUCCUACCGAUUGAAUGGUCCGGUGAAGUGUCUGGAUUGCGGUGAUCUCGGCGGUUUGCCACUGGGGGUGCUGUGAGAAGUUCAUUGAACCUUAUCAUUUAGAGGAAGGAGAAGUCGUAACAAGGUUUCCGUAGGUGAACCUGCGGAAGGAUCAUUGACACGUGAAUGGCCGAUCUUCGGGGUGUGGGACGCUGGUUUGCUCACCCUUUCGCCGCCCUUUGCCCCCAUCCUUCCUGCAUCCGCUUUUCUCUUCCGUUUCAGCACCAUCUUGGGCUUAGUGCCCAGCUG